GCGACAGUGGAUGGCAAGUCGGGGCUGAUUGAGGGUGAGAUGACGGAUGGGAGGCGAAGAUUAGGAAAGAGACAGGAUGGGACACCAGCAGCGGAUGGCACGAGCGCAGCCGUGGAGGGACAGGCAACAAGUGCUGCUGUCGGGGAACAGCCAACCAGUGCUACUGCCGAGGGACAAGCAACAAGUGCUGCUUUGGAAACAAGUCAAGCAGCCACCAGCGAAGCCCUACCCGAUACGGCAGUGUCUACGAGUGUGGCGGCAGCAACUUCUGCCAGCGAACCAGAUUCGAGCGCUUGGGAUUCCGGGACUGCUUCGAUAGCAGACCCAGCGACGAGCACUACCCCGGAGGCGGCGAAUUCUGCAACUUCUCAAGAGACUUGGAAUACUAUCGAUACAAUGGCGCCCGCCACAAGCGCUAUAUCAGAGGCCACUACUUUGGGGGAGACGGCGGCCACGUCGCAGAAUCAGAAUACGGCCUGGAGCGGCGAGUUCUUGUCGAGCACUGCUGCCGAUCCUGUUCUGACGUCGACGUCAAUUGAUGAUACGAGCGCUGAUCCUGCGGCGUUGCCUACAUCCACACUUCCAACUUCAGUCGGUGAAGACUCGGCCUCAAGCAGCAUCUGGUCUGCCGCAGAGUCUUCCGAAAUAUCGCCCUUGGUAGGCACUACCGGCUCUGCAUGGGUCUCACCAUCGGCUGUUACGACCGACCAAGCUCCGAGCGACUCGACGUCGCUCAGCAAUCCAAUCAGUGACCCUGAAAGCGACACGUUGUCGACUUCCGCUAUAUCCACCGAUCCGCCUGCUGGCUCAAGCUCAAUCACGGCGAGCUCGUGGGGGGCAUCGGUGCAAGGCGAUACCGCCAGUAUGCCGGCUCAGAGUACAGCUUGGAGUGACGCCACUUUGCCGACGAGUAGUUCCGAAGACUCAACCCUUGCUUCGACUCUACCUGGAGAGUCAGUCUCUACCAGCAUCUCUCUACAGUCGACUCUGGCUUCCCAAGAUACUGCCUCAACUGAGGUGGCCGCAUCAGAGCUUGACUCCACCAGCACUAGUGACACUUGGUCAAUGUCGUCCAUCGCAACAGAUGUAUCAGGACAGUCAAGUGUGGAUGGCGGCCCAUCAUCGGUGACUACUUCGUCGUACGGUGCCUCGACUGAAACGGGUUUGCCGACUACGUCAGUGGACCCCUCACUCAGCGAAACCGGGACUCUGUCCGAGUCUGUCACUUCUUCGUCCCAGCUCGAUGAUCAAAGCUCCGGUCUUCCCGACGCAUCGUUGACAAGCCCCGUCGCUGGGGACGCGACCCUGAGCGAGUCUUUGACAUCGAACACAUUCAAUGAUCUUGCUUCCACGUCAACGAAUCUGCAAGACUUGUAUUCGGAUUCUCUGUCAUCGACUUCUGCGCCGCCUGGGUCUACUACAGCGCUCUCUGGAACUUUGGGGCAGAGCUCGACAAGCUCUCUCCUGUCUUCCGAAUCGGCUUCCGCUGGAGGACUUUCAGGGAGCGCUACUUCAUCUACCCUCGACAGUCUCAGUGUCACGGGCACCUCUUCCACGGGUUUGACAUCCUUGUUGAACUCUGCGUCAGGUGGAUCCGCUUUGGCAGACUCUAGUUCCAUCGGAAGCUCGAUGACUGUCACGGGCUCUGACGGGCAACUCAUUUCGCCCACUGGCACUCUUGCAGAGUCCAGUUCCGCAAGUCUUGACGUAUUAUCCAGCGUGCAGGUCACAUCUGGGGGAUCGACAUCCACUCUAUCGGAUAUAAAUACCGGUAUUGGACAAGGGUCGAGUGCUACUGGACUUCAAAGUCAGGCCAUGACAGGUGCCAUCGUUACAGAGUCUAGCUCGGCUAUUCCCAGUAUCUCGUCCAGUUCAAUCUGGUCUGUCUCUGGUGCCACUCUCCCCACCGCGAGCUUUGUCAGCAGCACCCAGAGUUCUGCCUCUGUCCAACCCACAGAUUCCGACGGGCAGAUCACCUCGUCUAUUGGCAUUCAAGAAUCCAGUUACGCCACUCCUGACGCAUCGUCCACCUUGCCGCUCAUCACUGGGGCAUUGACGUCUACUCUAUCAGCUCCUAUUACCGGAAAUGGAGCAGGGCUGAAUGCUACGGGACCCCAAAGUCAGACUAUGGCAAGCGAAGUCAAUACGUGGUCAAACUCGGCCAUCCCCAGUGUCCCAUCCAGUUCUGCCUGGUCUGCCUCUGAUGCUGCUCUCCCCACCGAAAGCUUCAUCAGCGAUGCCCAGAGUUCUGCCUCUGCCGUACUUCCCACUACGCAGAAAACUUUGUCACCCGCCACAAUGUCUUCCUCGACCAUAUUAGGGUCGGAGAACCCAGGCUAUCCCAGCGUCAGCACAGACCUUUCAGGUGUGCCGGCGUCAAGUUUGAUAUCGAGUGUCUUGUCGCCUGUUCAGUCCGAACUUGCGACGGGACUGUCGUACACGGCGGGCUCAUCUUACAUCGAUCCGAGCUCGUUCACUUCUGUGGGAUCUGCCUCCAGUGACGCUUCACUCCCCUCAGGGACAGCAGGUGGAUCAGGUACAAGUGCCUUUCCUCCUGAUACUGCCACAUUUUCAUCAGCUUUCGUGGAUACGCUGUCUAUGACGAGCGAAAUUGCCAGCUCUAGCUCAAGUGUGCCUGUAGAAGGAGUUCUUUCUGAUUCUCUAACUCAAUAUCAACAAUUUGUUCCAUCUUCCACCUUCUUGUCUUCAUCUGUUUUGAUUUCAAAUACAUUUUCGUACUCGGAGACGGCGAUCGUUCCAAGUGAAACCAGCGCUGAUAUUUUGCCUCCUUCUUUUUCAGGUACUGUGGACUCUACUAGUACUACUUCCACUGGAGAAACUACAAGCUCUUCUGCCACAGCCACAUCUUCCAGCGGUCUCGGAGACGCUCUUGGUUCUUUACUUGGUUUCAGCUCAUCGACAGAGUCGUCCUCGACGGUCGAACCCUCCACGUCCACCACCGAAGCCGCUCCUAGCCCUACUGCAUCGACAGAGUCAUCCUCGACGGUCGAACCCUCUACAUCCACCACCGAAGCCGCUCCUAGCCCUACUGAGACAGCUGCUUCCACCUCUUCCGAGCCCAGCGCAUAUGACGGGGCAACGACUGCGUCUACCGAAGCCUCCAGCCAAUCUGCCACGUCUGAUGAGCCCUCUGUUUCUACUGGGGCUUCCUCUUCUGUCGAACCUUCUGCUAGCUCCACUCCGGGGGAUCUACUGAGCUCUAUCUUUGGUGUCUCCAGUUCCGAUCCCGUGACAGCAAGCGCAACAAGCUCUUCGGCGUCGGCCCAGAUUUCCUCUGUAAGCUCUGCGGGCACUACUUCCGAAGCUGAGGCAUCUUCCGAGCUCUGGACCAACUCGGUCACGGCUUCAGAAACCGUGUCGAGCUCUGAAGCACCGUCCAACUCGGGAUCGCCAUCAGCCUUGUACGUGACCGAUUCCGUCACAGGGAUCAGCUCUGUUAGCACGACUUCUUCUGCUGGAGACCUUUUGUCUUCCAUAUUGGGCGUAUCGCAAAGUCAGAGUGCCUCUUCUGACACCACCUCUGCCGGACCCACGUCUGUGCCCACGAGCGCCUCCAGCUCGGCGAUUGAGUCUUGGGGUUCUAAUACUUCCUCAUCCGACUCUGCUACUGUAUCUGCGUCCGAAAGCUCGUCGCCCAGCUUUACUACCAGUGCCAACGCCAGCUCGUCUACGCCCGUUGCCGAAAGCGAAGGGCCGACCGUAAACACAAGUGUCAGCGCCAGCGAGACGCCCUCCGAGACAUCUAAUGUCAGCGCCAGCGAGAUACCCUUCGAGUCAUCUAAUGUCAGCAGCAGCGACACUGCUACGGGGUCCGCCAACGUUAGCAGUACUUAUCGCGCGUCGUCGUCCGCUCAGACUACUGCUUCGACAUCAGAAAGUGGAGCCUAUGAUGAGGGCACGUCCACAUCGAGUGGCACGAGCUCGUCUUUGAAUGCCACCGCCUCGUCAUCUGAUGGGUCAGGGAUGAUCAACAUGACCACCAUCAGCUCCGCACCAGCCGCUACGGGAUCGCAAGUCGUUACCUAUGACCCCUCGAGUAGCUCCUCCAAUGAGUGGUCCCAAUCAUCGACUUCGGCGUACAAUUACACUUCGGCCACUUCGUCUACUGAUCAAGGCUACACUCCAACCCAGACCUGGCUCAUUGUCGCCUCUUCUCAGACAUCCGCAGAAGCUUCUUCUUCUUAUUCCGCGCCUACCACAACCUCUUCCGAGACCGGUUCCACAAAGAGCUCGAGCAAAGCGUCUGGUACUUCGUCGGCUUCCGCUUCAGUGGCCACCAUCCCAAGCAGUAUGCCAACGUUGAUUGUGCCCGCCAGCUCAGUGGCCAACAACGCCGAUGCCGGUACCGGCAGUGACAGUGAUCCUAUCAAAGACGACACUCUUAUUGCAAUCCUGCUGGCCUCUUCGCAAUACCCUUGGUGGUUUGUCGUGGACUCUUCAGACGCUACGAGUCAAUUGUUCAACACGUUCCCUACGUUGAUCAGUAAUGCUCUGGAAAUUGACUCUUCGGAGGUGUCUACCUACGGUCUUCAAGUAUACCAGCCCGCCUCAUGGGACGGCAAAGAGACCUCUCUCUUGACCCAAUACAUCGCCUAUAUCCCCACCGAGUAUUUCGAUACCCUCAAUGCCUAUAUCACUACAGCUUCUUCGCCUCUGUACAACCAAAGCGGUAUCGAAGGUAUGCUGGCUGCCCAGAUCAACACCGCCUUUCCGCUUGCGGCCUCUUCUGACACCGCUCCGACGACAUCGUCGUCUUCUGACGAUUCGUCAAGCAGCAAGCGGAAGAGGAACAUCAUCAUUGGUGUCUGUGUCGGCGUUGGCGGUGCUCUCUGGCUAGCGUUGGUCUAUUGGGUAUACAAGCGCGUCAAGAGAAACAAUGACAAGGCUGUCCAUAAACGGAUGUCCGAGCACAUGUCUAUGUUUGGCGAUCACCGUACCAUGUCCCAAGUCUAUCAUGGUGGUGCCGCUGCCACGGGCGCUACUGCCACCGCGACUGCAUGGGGAGGUGAUCGUCGUGUCUCUCGUGCGCCUUCCAUUGCCGCGUCAGAUAUUGACGACCGCCCCUCCUCUUUCUAUGCGUCUCCUAUGGACAACGAUCGCACGAUGCGUGAGCAGCAGCGCCAGUACGGGUCAGAGGACGGCCACAGCAACCCAUUCGCAGAUGGUUCUUACGAUGGGUCCCACCUCUCGGCCGAGUCUCCUAGCCAUUAUGGCCAGUCAGUCUUCAAUGGCUCAUGGUUCCAGGAUCCUCAUGGCUCUCACGAGUACCAACCUCAGACCCAGUCGCCUAUGCGCUCCAGGCUGUCCCAAAAUCCAUUCCAGGACAUGGUGACUCGCUCGUACAUUGGUAACAGCGGUAGCAUGCCUGGGUCUUCAGCGGCAGCCAAGAGGAGAAGCGCUGCGGGCAAGCCCGUCAACAAGGCCCUGAUCUCCCAGCCUACUUUACAGGGCAACUCUCUCGAAUUUAGGGAGUACGGAACCGCCCAGUAA